AUGACCACCUUGAGCUCCCAAAUUGUAUCGAAUCUCGAAACGAUGGCAGAGGAUCUCUCGCGCCAGAUGGACUCUCAACAACCCAACCCCCCUAACCCUUCUGUGACUUUCACACAAGUAGCGAAUCCCUCAAAGAAACGCAAGACUUACAAGAAAAAACGUGCAGAGGCAGUCAAAACUGGGCAGGAAUCCGGAUUCAAUAUGGCUGAUAUUCAAGAUAAACUCUGGCCGCACGUUCCAAUCCCGAGUUGUACACGCCCUCUCGGACUACUUACACUGUUACCCGGAGCACGGUCAGUCGAAAAGACGUUUAAAGAGGCGAGCAGCAACCUCAAUCAGGCCAAAUUAGUCGCGAUGGAGGCUGAUCUCAAGGAAGGCUUGAUAUACUUGGAACCAAUCGACCGCUCGAGCGCUACCGCGCCAGCUAGUCCCUCAGCUCACACCAAUACCAUCGAUCCUACCGAGACCGAUGGUAACCUACUCGAUCCUAUGUUAACACAAUGAUUUGCUUGCCAUACCCACAACCAACUCGACUUUCAUUCAAAUUUAUGUUGUCAGAAGAUAUCCAUGUUUUGCUGUCUCGAUUUCUAUUCAUUUCUAUUUCAUGUUUUAUAACUUUAUAUAAUUGUCUUUGUCAUCG